GAGCGGGCGGAGCCGGCGCUGGACCGGGAGGCCGCUGCGGCGACGGCGCGGGUGGCCGGCCGGCGGCAAAUUUGUCACGCUUAGCUAGUGAAGAAUGGGGGAGAUAGAGGGAACCUACCGAGCCCUGCAGACCCCAGGGGCACGCCUGGGCACCCAGCCCCCCUCUGGAGUGAGCACCCUGGAGCCUGGGCAGGCUCCCUCGGCCGGCACCGCACCGACGGCGGCCCGCGCGCAGGACAAGUGCCUUCUCCUCAGAGUGAAGCUGCUGGACAGCUCCGUGGAAGUGUUUGACGUUGAGCCGAGGAGCGACGGCCAGCUCUUACUGACGCGCGUGUGGCGGCGUUUGAACCUGACCGAGUGCGACUACUUCGGGCUGGAGUUUCAGAAUGUCCCAUCCUACUGGGUUUGGCUCGAACCCAUGAAACCCAUCAGUAGGCAAAUACGAAGGCCGAAGAAUGCAGUGCUUCGCCUGGCAGUGAAGUUUUUCCCUCCUGACCCGGGUCAGCUGCAGGAAGAGUACACACGAUACUUGUUUGCCUUGCAGCUGAAGAGAGACCUGCUGGAGGAGCGCCUGACCUGCUCAGACACCACGGCGGCCCUCCUCACGGCCCACCUGCUGCAGGCGGAAAUCGGCGAUUACGACGAAACGCUGGAUCGCGAGCACCUCAAAGCCACCCGGUACCUGCCCCACCAGGAGCGCUGUCUGGAGAAGAUCCUGGAGUUCCACCGGGAGCACAUGGGCCAGACACCUGCCGAGUCGGACUUCCAGGUGCUGGAGGUGGCCCGGAAGCUGGAAAUGUAUGGCAUCAGGUUCCACAAGGCUUCUGACAGGGAGGGCGCCAAGAUCAGCCUGGCCGUGUCGCACAUGGGCGUCCUCGUGUUCCAGUGCACCACCAAGAUCAACACCUUCAACUGGUCCAGGGUCCGGAAGCUCAGCUUCAAGAGGAAAAGAUUCCUCAUCAAGCUCCACCCAGAGGUCCACGGACCUUACCAGGACACACUGGAAUUCUUGUUGGGUAGUAGAGAUGAAUGUAAGAACUUCUGGAAGAUUUGUGUGGAGUAUCACACCUUUUUCAGGCUCUUCGAUCAACCGAAGCCGAAAGCAAAAGCCGUCUUCUUCACCCGGGGCUCCUCCUUCCGAUACAGUGGAAGAACCCAGAAACAGCUCGUGGACUAUGUCAGAGAUGCUGCGAUGAGGAGAACCCCGUAUGAGAGAAGACACAGCCGGAUGCGGAUGCCCAGCCGCGCUCUGACUGCAGACUUGCCGAAGCAGAGCAUGUCAUUCACCGAGGGCUUGAGGACUUCCGUGUCCCCAUCGUCAACACAUGCCUCCUUCUUCUCGGCCCCAGCCUCCCCCACGGUCCCCCCUGGCUGGCCUAACGUCACGGACGCCCUGGCGGAGCCCCAGGAUCCCCACGCCAAGGGGCCGGCUGCAGAGAGGAGCCGCGGAGCCAUGGAAGGCGCCAGUGCGAGACCGGCCCAGGCCUCUAGGCCCCCGGCGCUCCAGCCUUGUCCAGGCCUUGCCGUGGACAGCCCUCAGCCUCCGCCCUCCACCCCGAAGAGCCCACUGAGCCUGAGCCCCACGUUUCAGGUGACUCUGGGCCCCACUGGGCAGGGCUCCUUCCCGCUCCUGAGCCCCGGCCUUAGCGACGCUGGCGGAACCAGGAUGGACGAUGAGGAGCCGGAACGCAAGUGCCCAGGAGCGGAUGAGGCCUAUUUCAUAGCAAAGGAGAUUCUCGCUACGGAACGAACAUACCUGAAGGAUUUAGAAGUUAUUACCGUGUGGUUCCGCAGCGCAGUAGUCAAGGAGGAUGCCAUGCCUGCAGACCUGAUGACCCUGCUCUUCUCCAACAUAGACCCCAUCUAUGAGUUCCACAGAGGCUUCCUGCGAGAGGUGGAGCAGCGGCUGGCACUCUGGGAAGGACCUUCCACUGCCAUCGGCACUGGCAAUAAUCAGAGAAUUGGAGACAUCCUGCUCAGGAAUAUGCAUCAGUUAAAGCAGUUUACCGGCUACUUCCAAAGGCAUGAUGAGGUCCUGACAGAACUGGAAAAGGCAACCAAACACUGUAAGAAGCUGGAGACAGUGUACAAAGAGUUUGAGCUCCAGAAAGUCUGCUACUUGCCUCUGAACACGUUCCUGCUGAAGCCCAUCCAGCGCCUGGUGCACUACCGCCUGCUGCUGGGACGGCUGUGUGGGUACUACGCACCCGGGCACCGCGACUACGCCGACUGCCGCGACGCCCUGGAGGUCAUCACGGAGGUGACCGGCACGCUCCAGCGCAGCCUCGUCCGGCUGGAGAACCUGCAGAAGCUGACGGAGCUGCAGCGGGACUUGGUCGGCGUGGAGGACCUCGUCGCCCCCGGCAGGGAGUUCAUCCGGGAGGGCUGCCUGCACAAGCUCACCAGGAAGGGCCUGCAGCAGAGGAUGUUCUUUCUGUUCUCAGAUGUGCUGCUGUACACGAGCAGAGGCCUCUCGGGGACCAGCCACUUCCGGAUCCGGGGCCUCCUCCCGCUGCGCGGCAUGCUGGUAGAGGACAGCGAGCACGAGUGGUCGGUUCCGCACUGUUUCACUAUUCACGCAGCUCAGAAGACAGUCGUGGUGGCAGCCAGCACUCGGCUGGAGAAGGAGAAGUGGACGCACGACCUGAGCGGUGCCAUCGAGGCGGCCGAGGGCGGCAGCAGCGCGGCCCCAGAGCUGCCGCGCAGCGUGUGCGCCCCUCUGCGUGGACCCUCCGAUGAGGCCUCUCUGGAGCAGGAGUCGGAAGAAGAUUCCCGCGGCGCCUACAGCCCCCCGUCGGGGCAGGGCCAGCACCGGGCCAACACCACGGUGCACGUGUGCUGGUACCGCAAUACCAGCGUCUCCCGGGCCGACCACAGCGCAGCGGUCGAGAACCAGCUUUCAGGGUAUCUGCUAAGAAAGUUCAAAAACAGUAAUGGCUGGCAGAGGCUCUGGGUGGUCUUCACCAAUUUCUGUUUGUUCUUCUACAAAACACAUCAGGACGACUACCCGCUGGCCAGCCUCCCCCUGCUGGGCUACAGCGUGAGCGCCCCCAGGGAGGCCGACGGCAUCCACAAGGAGCACGUCUUCAAGCUGCAGUUCAAGUCCCAUGUCUACUUCUUCCGGGCUGAGAGCAAGUACACGUUUGGGAGGUGGAUGGAGGUGAUCGAGAGGGCCAGCAGCUCGCCCGGGCAGGCCGGGGCCCCCAAGGAGGCGUGACGGCCCUCCUGCCUCAGCGAGGAUGGAGCAGGCGGCGCAGUGCGGCCAGCCGGGCCCCUCAGCUGCUCAUCCCGGCUUCCCAACAAUGGACCGGCUGUGUGGGGGGCCUCCCAGGGACACCUGGCAGGGACACUGUUCCCCUGAAGACCCAGCGCAGCCGCUGGCCCUGGGAGGCCCUGGGAGCACGCACGCG